GUUUUUCAUGUCCUUUCCUGUCCGGUGUAAAAAGUUAAAUGACGAAGUUUAAUGUUUUCCCAUGACGGUUUUUCUGCCGCUUUGGCGGCUUAUCCUUUACUACAGUUCAAAGUAAGCUUUAACUCAUGGCUUCUUGUAACCAUUUAACUCAAUUCACAAAGGAAUGCUUGCCAACUUACCGUAAAGUUUGUGGGUGGUUUAUCGUUGGCUCUUCAAGAAAAACCCGGCGUGCAAAGGCGACACGAAAGUGUGACGACUGUGACACAUCGUCAAAUCGUCUUCACUCCUGUCUAUAUUGUGUUUAUUUUGGUUGUUACUCUGGCCUCAAGCAUAUCCAUGCUCACGCGAAGAAGAAAGACCAUAAGCUAGCUGUUGACCUGACCUAUGGUGUAGUGUAUUGCUUUCUCUGUGGCGAUUAUGUCCAUAAUGAAGUUCUGGAGAAGAUUCUUCGUGAGGAAAGAGCCAAGGCGUGGAGGUCCUAUGGAAACAAGACUGCUCUUUAUGAGCAGUGGUUGCCUGGUAGAAGAGAUGUUGAACUUCUAAAACGAAAUGUGAAAUAUCAGAGGGUCUGUGAUAACUCAAUCAUAGGCUUGCGUGGUCUGAUCAAUCUCGGCAAUACUUGCUUCAUGAAUUGUAUCGUCCAAGCCUUCACCCAUACACCAUUGUUGAGAGACUAUUUCUUGGCUGACCAACAUAAGUGUAAGAAACAGGAUGGAACAUGUAUUGUAUGUGCCAUGGUCUCCUUAUUUCAAGAGUUUUAUUCUGGUGAAAGAACACCUCAUAUUCCUUACAAAUUGCUUCAUCUUGUGUGGACAAAUGCUCGACAUUUAGCAGGAUAUGAACAGCAAGAUGCCCAUGAGUUCUUUAUUGCUGCCUUGGAUGUCCUUCAUCAGUAUUGUAAAGAGGACUGUGAUGAUACAUUGAAAUCAGACAACCCACAUCAUUGUAACUGCAUUAUUGAUAGAAUAUUUACUGGUGGACUGCAAUCUGAGCUCAAGUGUCAAGUUUGCAGCAGCGUGUCCACGACAAUCGAUCCGUUUUGGGAUAUUUCAUUAGAUUUGGGAAAUGCCUUGAAAAAUGGCAAUGGAAAAGCAUUCAUUAGUUCUGCAGGAUCUGUGCCAAGUCCAACUCCAUCAGAUGAUUAUUUACUGUCAUGCACACCUCCUGAAUCUGAUCAUCUGGAUGAAAGUUUUGUUCCAAGAUCACUAAUAGAAUGUCUACAAAGAUUUACUCGAGUGGAAAGAUUGGGAAGCGAGGGUAAAACAAAGUGCAAUAAAUGUCAAAGUUAUCAGGAAGCAACAAAGCAACUGUCAAUGAAGAAAUUACCAAUUGUAGUUUGUUUCCAUCUAAAGCGCUUUGAACACUCAAAAAAAUCUAAGAAAAUUUCCUCCUUCAUCCCUUUUCCAGUUGAACUGGAUAUGAAACCAUUUAUGUCAUCAAGUGACCAGAUGGAAAAUGUAAAUAUUGGGACUUCAAAUUCUUCGUGUUCAUUGAGUGAUUAUAGAUAUUCUCUAUUUGCUGUUGUCAACCAUAGUGGUACACUAGAAGUUGGUCAUUACACUUGCUUUGUAAGACAGAAAAAAGAUCAGUGGUUUAAAUGUGAUGAUGCUUGGAUAACCAAGGCAACAGUGGAGGAGGUAUUAAUGAGUGAAGGGUACUUGUUAUUUUACCACAAGCAGGUCUUGGAAUAUGAGUAUUAACAUUUAUUGGAUCAUAAGUCAAUAUAUAAAGUCAAUAUAUUGACUUUUGAUACAAUGCCUUUAGUUAGAAAAUACUCACAUUUUU